AGUUGACGCUGCCUCUCCCUUGAUCUCCCCAGUUGCAAUCAUGGCCGGCCUCAAAACGAUCAUCGCGCUGUCCUUUGUGCUUGCAAUCGGCUUCCUCCUCGUCAUCCUGUCCUCGGCACUUUACGGCAAUUGGCUACCACUGUUCGUCGUCGCGAUCUACCUCCUCGCACCCCUCCCUAACGCCCUCUGCUCCAAACUCGCCGGCGAAGAGGACUUCAUGUCCGAUUCCACCGGCAGCGGUCUCAUCGAUUUUGGCCGGUUCGUGACGGGGAUGUUGGUAGUGAGUGGGAUUACGCUCCCGGUGCUGUUGAAUCAUGUACGGCUGAUCGUGCCGGGGGCGAUGGUGAUGAGCACGGUGGGGGGGUUGGUGAUUUAUGGGACGAUUAUUGCUUAUACGCAGUUUUUUGCGAGGGAGGGGGAUGACUUUUGAGAGU